AUGACACGUAAGUGCCGGCCGCGGACACGCGUGGGGGAGGACAGAGAGCGGGCGACCCCCGUGGGGAGGGCUCGGGGACGAUUCCGCGGGGCUCCGUGGCGGGCGCUGCUGGCGCUGCUGGGGCUGUGGCCGGGGCUGUGGCCGGGCCCGGCGCUGGCGCUCGCCCCCCGCCCGCGCCCCCCGCCCACGGACACGCGUGGGGACCUGGACAGCGUCAUCAACCUGGCCAAGGCGCUGCUCGGCGACACCAAAGCCUUCCUGGAGCUCCUGAAGUCGCGAUUCCCGGCCGAGGGGGAGCACAAGCUGGACUCGCUGCCCGUGCUGGCCAUGAGCGCGCUGGAGCUGCCCAACAUCCAGGCCGCGGCGCUGCUGCCCCGCCUGGGCUCGGACCUGCUGCGGUACCAGCGGCUGCUGGAGUGGCUGCGCCGGGCCGGGGGCGCCCUGCGGGGGCUGGAGCCGGAGCUGGCGGCGCUGCGGGGCCGCCUGGAGCGCCUGCGGGGCCGCCUGGACCACCUGGUGUCGCGGCUGUCGCUGCCCCGCCCCCCGGCCCCGCCCCCGGCCCCGCCCCCCGCGCAGGUGCGGCCGUGGGGGGCGGUGCGCGCGGCGCACGCGGUGGCGCGGGGGCUGCACCUGUACCUGGACUGGGCGGCGCGGGGGCUGCUGCUGCUGCGGCAGCGCCUCUGA